AUGAUAACCGGGCUUAUGCUGCUAAUGGCAAUGCUUAGUGUUCGUUCGGUCACCUCUCAUUUCCCGCCAGGAACUUGCAUUAAGCAUUGUGUGGCAGAAUGCACACUUAGCGGUAUUGAUGUUGCCAUCUGCACCAAAUACUGUCCGGUCCGUUGCCUUUCUCAACAAAUUUCGACUAAACAACAUUACUGUAAUCUCGGAUGCAUGCUCAAUACUUGCGCCGAGUUUACUAAAGAUGAGAAGGCGAUGAGUGACUGCGUGUCCAAGUGCAAUAAAACCAAAUGCAAAAUCAAUGUCUGA